UGAGUCAUUGUUUAAUGUGAUGAAAGUGGGAAAAACUGUCAUGCAGUUCUUUUUAUCAGUCGGUCGUUACAAUUCGAAGGAAGUAGACGAUAUUUGAGUUUCGAGAUUAAAUUCGCGCACCAGAAUUACCUAUCUUCUUCCACGCGAUGUCCGGCAAAGGCAUUUCAUCUUCAAAAAAACCUUCAACAACUGAUAGCCGCCGGAGGCAUGAUUCACGCCAUUCGCACAAGAAGUCAAAAUCAAGUACUUCAAAUAACACUUCGAGCUCACGAUACAUUGCCUAUCUUGGCGACAAACCGACAAAAAUCACGAUAAAACGCUAUGCGCGAAAAUCACACAGUCAGCAUUCAUCUUCGAAACAUAAAACCAAAAGUUCCACUUCGAAUAGCGAUGUAAAACAUCGAAAUAUUGCGAAAAAGUCAUUGAGUACACCUGCACCUACAGCACCGACGGAACCAAAGUCAAAGGAACCUUCCACCAAUAACAAUGUCCAACAAGCUGAUCUUGUACGACCGACAUCAAUUGGUAAGAAAAUUACGAAAGCAAAUGGUGAUGAGCCUCUUGACUUGGCGACCAACGGAGCAGGUAAAGCCAACGAAAAGAAAAGAGCCGCAGAGUCUGAGGAGAAGAACGGUGCCAAAAAGCCACGAUUAACGACAGAUUCACAAACCCAAACCGUUGUUGUGAAACCACCGGUCGCUGCACCAGUCAAUCCAAGAAAAGCCCAUCCGUCGAAACAUCAAAUAGCAUCGUCGAUCAUGUCGUUUUCGUAUAAGAGUGCCAAUGCACUGCAUCAGAUGCAACAGUACAACAACAAAUUCAAAGAACACGUUGUCUCGUUGCCUCCCACCUUAAUUUCACCAGCGAUGGUCACGGCAAUACCACCAAUACCUCCGAACUGGAUAAACAACUACGAGGAAACCAUUAUGUCGCUCCUUACAUUCAAAAAGUAUGACAUUAAUCGUUCAACGAAGGAAUACCAAACCGUGGAGGACAUGCUGCAUCCGUUAGAAGUAAUUCGAGUCGAACAAAUUGUAAAUCCUGAUCUUUGGAAACGUUUCGUUAACAACCGAAAAGAAAUGUUGCGCUCGAAGACCGACGAUUUGAAUAUAUUGUCCGAACUGGGCCUGGAUGAACGGGACGUGAUGCGAUGUACUCAUUUGGUUCUGAAUCAAGCGACCGAUCCGUUACGGCCACCAUACUCGGACAACAUGGCCAUGCUGUUCCAUUGUACCAAGAGUGAAACGAGCCUCAACAGCAUCUUGUCACAAGGUCUUGAUGAACGGCUGAGCAAUGUGUUUGGUGGUCGUUUGGGUAAGGGGAUUUACUUUGCCGAUGAUCCUCAAAAGGCACUGCAAUACGAUGGUACCGGACGAAUUUUGAUCUUUGCCGUGCUGCUGGGUGACUGCAUUUCAGUGGAUCAUUAUCCGUUUAAGAAUGCUCUGGUCAGAGAACCGGAGAAACAUGAGAAAGAAAUGAGAAAUUUGAAGGAUCUCUUCUACGAUUCGAUCGUUGGAAGACCGGCUGGGUACAACGAAUAUGUGAUAUAUAACAGACACCAAUGCUGUCCAUUGUACGAGGUGGAAUUCAAGCGGCCUGUGUCGGAAACUGUACCAGUGAAUGCAACGUAUGCGGUAAAGAAUCUACCGCCGUUUGCUUGGCUUCCGGAUGAUCCGAAUUGUCCUGCGCCGAAAGUAUGUGAAAGCUGGCCCUUUAUGGCAAAUGAAUUAUUCAAGAAAAUGGAAUCGCAGCCUAUGCAACCGGAUGAGUAUGUCUAUAGCGAAAUAUCACCGCUAACAGACACUAGCGCCGAUCAAAUGGUGAUGGAUAAGAAGUUAGCAACGUUAGUUACCUUUGGAUUCAAUGAUGCAGUCAGGAACAUCGAAAUCUUAUCCAAAUUCAAUAACGACCUCUAUCUAACGCUAAACUAUUUACUGGAUGAAAACGUUCAGAAUAUUAUGACAUCAACCCAACCGGUAUCAUCUGUGGUGGCAUCUAGUCCAAAUGAUCAACUGAUGCCAUUAGUGGGAAUUACAGACAUUGUUCCAAUGUCUAACUCACAGACUUCAUCGAGCGCAGCCAACCAAUUACCAAGUGAGGUCGCCGAUUUUCUAUUGGAAUUCGAGUCAACCAAACCGGUACCGACAGAUCUAAUGCAACCCGAAAUGGUUGAAUGUACAAUUUGCUAUAACGAAUACAAGUCCUUUAACUCGGCUCCCGAAUUGUGGAAAGAACUCAAAUGUGGCCAUAGAUUAUGCGGUGAAUGUCACUCUCGGAUUCAAACAACACGGACGACAAUGGCUGGUGUGGAGCACACCUUUCUCAAAUGUCCAUUCUGUCACGAUACCGCUGGCAUUCAAAUCGGUACAUGUCCCGAUAUUCAGAUGAAUGUUACAACAAUACCGCACUCGUGCAAAGGCUAUGAAGACGCGGAUACCAUUUCCAUUAAUUAUUUCGUUGAUGCUGCCUAUCGACUGAAUCGAACAGCGUAUUUACCGAACAACGAUGAAGGGCGAGAAGUUCUAAAGCUGCUGAAAAUUGCUUAUGAUCGAAGACUCUCUUUUGCGAUUGGCGAAAGCGCAACGACAGGACGGAAAAAUGUACUCAUCUGGGUUAUACAUCAUAAGACGUCAAUGUGUGACGGAAUGUAUGGCUAUCCGGAUCCGGAAUACAUGAGUAGAGUAAAGUCUGAGUUGAAGUCCUUUGGCAUUCAGUAGCAAAAUGGAAAUUAUUGAAACGAAAAAUUGUUUCUUUUAUUGGAAAAAUUUGUUAAACUGAAUUUUUCCUUAUUUAUGAAAUUUUUGUUUAUUUUAUUUUUUGGAAAUAAACUUCAUAUAACAAACAAUAAUAAAA